AUGGAUGAAGACCAGGUGCCGUCACAAAUCCUCCCGGAGCCGGCUCCGAAGCGGACCCUCGGUUACCGAUUACACGCCGUAAAGAAGGCGCUCCUCACGAAAGAGGGCCUCAUCGGCAACUACGACUAUGCCUUCCUCUUCCGCCCCAAUCUUCCUUUCAUGAAGAAGGCUGAUAGGCCACCCCCCUUUUUCGGCCUCAAUGACCGAAUGCCCGUGGUUCUGUCCCUGCUCCUCGGCUUCCAACAUGCCCUCGCUAUGCUGGCCGGUAUUAUCACGCCCCCCAUUCUCAUGGCCGGCGCCGGCGGGGUGAAUCUCAGCACUGAGCAGACCCAGUAUCUGGUAUCCACCGCCCUGAUCGUGUCUGGUAUCCUGUCCGCCGUCCAAAUCACGCGCUUUCGCAUCCUCAAAACCCCCUAUUACAUCGGAACGGGUCUCAUCUCGGUGGUCGGCAUCUCCUUCGCCAUCAUCCCGGUCGCCUCGGGUGCCUUCAGCCAGAUGUACGCCAACGGCUUCUGUCCGACUGCCGAAGACGGCACGCCGCUGCCAUGUCCCGAUGCCUACGGUGCCGUGCUGGGUACAGCGGCUGUCUGUUCGCUCUUAGAAAUCCUCAUCUCGUUCGUGCCGCCCAAGAUCAUCCUACGCAUCUUCCCGCCCAUCGUAACGGGGCCAACCGUCAUGUUGAUUGGCAUCAACCUGAUCGCCUCCGGUUUCAAGAAUUGGGCGGGCGGCUCCGGCCCCUGCGCCGACGCGAACCCGACCGAGUUCUUUGCCCUGUGCCCCGACAUCUCCGCACCGCAUGCCUUGCCCUGGGGAUCGGCCGAGUACCUUGGCCUGGGCUUCUCCGUCUUCGUGACCAUCAUCCUCUGCGAGCGCUUCGGCUCGCCCAUCAUGAAGUCCACCAGCGUGGUGAUCGGCCUGCUGACGGGCUGCAUCAUCGCCGCGGCGUGCGGCUACUUCGACCGCUCGGGCAUCGACGCGGCGCCGGCGGCGUCGUUCAUCUGGGUGCACACCUUCAAGCUGUCCAUCUACGGGCCGCUCGUCCUGCCGCUCAUGGCCGUCUUCAUCAUCUGCGCGUGCGAGGCCAUCGGCGACAUUACGGCGUCGUGCGACGUGUCGCGCCUCGAGGUCGAGGGCGACAUCUACGAGAGCCGCAUCCAGGGCGGCGUACUAGCCGACGGCGUCAACGGCAUGCUCGCCGCCCUCGCCACCAUCACGCCCAUGACCACCUUCGCCCAGAACAACGGCGUCAUCGCCCUCACCCGCUGCGCCAACCGGUCCGCGGGGUAUUGUUGCUGCAUCUUCCUCCUCCUCGCCGGCAUCUUCACCAAGCUCGCCGCCGCCCUCGUCGCCAUCCCCCCCGCCGUCCUCGGCGGCAUGACCACCUUCCUCUUCACCGCCGUCGCCGUCUCCGGCCUCGCCAUCGUCGCCAAGGGCGUCCCCUUCACCCGCCGCAACCGCUUCGUCCUGACCGCCGGCCUCGCCCUCGGUUACGGUGCUACUUUGGUGCCGACGUAUUUUAGCAGGGUGUUUACGGGCGUGGCGGAGGAGGAUCGCGCGCUGAGGGGGUUGUUGGAUGCCAUUGCGCUGGUGAUGGAGACGGGGUUCGCGGUGACGGCGCUGGUGACGGUGGUGUUGAAUUUGGUGCUGCCGGUGGAGUUGGAGGAUGGGGAGGAGGUGGCGGGGGAUGGGGGGAGUGUGGUUGUUGCUGGGGGUGGUGGUGGUGGUGCUGAGGGGAGGGUUGGGUCUGGGGAACGUGGAGGGUCGGUUGAUGGGGUGGUGGUAGAGGGGAGGGAGAGUGGGAGCGGGGAGUUUAAGGGAGGGAAAUCGGCUUAGGGUGGGUAAUGUUUGUUGGGAGGUUUUGGUGUAUUUGGAUACCCGGUUAUACGUCGCUGGUUCAGCUCAUGAGGUUUGGGAUAUGGGGGACUGUGGAAACGGUUUCUCGUGUUCCCUUCAGGAUAUUACGAAUUAUGGAAGUCUUUCCUCGCGCUCCUACCCUAAGUACUCUAAUCAAGCUGCCUCCGGGGAGCACUCAUCCCGAUAGUAAGCCUGCAUUGCCACACAAUCAUCAGCCAGAUGCUUAAUACUCAACGCUAUA